UUUCCUUUAUGAUUUUUAGUAAAGUAGUAAGCAAAUAAGCUCCAAUAAGUUUGUUAUUAUUACUUAAGAUUACUUUCUCGCCCUUGGUUCAGUAAUAGUGUUCAUAUCUUCAUUAGUAAACUGGGAUUCAGACGGUAGAUGGUUUAGUAGGGGUGAGUCAAGGCCUUAUUCACACGUCUCGAAGCUACGCUGUGAACUUAUAACAGUUUACAUUGGACAGCUGACGGACAUCAGCUCGUUUUUCUCUCUCUACUGCUUCUGGUGAACACUGCUGAUGUUACUGGAUACUGCUGGCUGACAUUACUGGAUACUGCUGGCUGAUGUUACUGGAUACUGCUGGCUGACAGGUAAAAUUCCACUCAUAAUUAAUUAGUUUCCAAUUAUUGUUUUUAUGUUCCUGGUGUACUUUAGCUAACGUUGGUUCACCUUACUGUAGUGGUACGAGCCUCUGUCAUAUGUAGGGUGUCGGGUUUCAAUCUAAAUCAUAUGUCAAUGUUGGCUUCAGUCUAAAUUUUAUGCCGGUGUUGGUUUCAGUGUAAAUUUUUAUUGAAUAAUGGAAAGAGAUUAAUAUUCACACAGUAUACUUGAGUUUUAUUUGGUGUACAGGUACAUAUCAUCAGGGUACAUUUGGGUACGUUAGAGUAGGCGAUCAACAUGUGUACCAUUCGUAGCAUGCACUUAAAACAGUACUCAAUUUCCUUGCACAUAUUUUUUAACAUUUCUAUCCUCUUACCAUCCACUGCCACCCUCAUUAUCCAUCCCAGCUGCCAUCCUCACUACCAUCCUUACUAUCCAUCCCAACUACCAUCCUAGCAAGGUAGAAACUUUUGAGGAACUUGUUCAGUUGGUGAUUUUAGAACAGUUCAAAAAAGCCACUCCGAGAGAUAUACAAUUGUACUUAGGAGAGAGAGAUAUUAGUAAUGUUCAUAAAGCUGCUGCAUUAGCUGAUAGCUAUGCCCUUACUCACAAAAUGCAUCAUGUUAAAUCUCAAAAUCAUUCAGGUGGAAAGGGUUUUGUAACCAAGGAAAAGGGUGGUAGGCAGGAUAGUAGUACUGCUUCUUCUAGUAAAGUAUAUUUUCGUGGAAACUUGGGUGAGCUUUCCAAGACCUAUGCCAAGACUAAAGCAUUUGUCUGUUUUUACUGUAAGAAACCAGGUCAUGUGAUUGCGAAUUGCUCUAAAUUGGAAGCAAAGAAGCAAGAGCCAGUGCUCUCAUUCGAACCUCUGGAGAAGUUUGACUAAACUUUAGUGAGAAAUCGAAGGAGGAUUCUUUUGAACCUUUCAUGUUUGAUUGUUCAGUUGCAGUUGAAGAAUCAGGUGAUCAGUACCCUGCGAAGAUUUUGCGUGGCACUGGUGCUUCCCACAGUAUUCAGUUGAGAGGAUCUGUUCCCUGCGUGGAAGAUUCCUAUACUGGAGAGCAUUUGGUGCUUAAGGGUGUCAUUGGAGUGAUCACUGUUCCUUUGUGUAGGGUGUUUUUGAGAACUCCACUUGUGACUGGUUGGGUGACUAUUGGUGUUCAAGAUUCUCUUCCUGUGACAGGGGUUACUUUUUUGCUGGGUAAUGUUAUUGCAGGAGCCAGCGUGGUGCCAGAUCCUGUGGUAUCUUCGACCCCUACAGUGGAGAAUAAUACUGGUUUAAUUGAAGAAGAAUACCCUGAUUUAUUUCCUUUAUGUGCAGUUACAAGGAGCCAGACUCUUCGGAAUAAGUCUCAGGAUGUGGUGCAACUGCUGCAGUCGUUCAAGCCACUCUUCGACGAUGUGCUGGGCCAGUGUUCUCUGCUGGAACAUGACCUAGUACUGCUGCCUGGCACAUCUCCCAUCAAGCAUGCACCCUACCGAAUGAGCCCUGAUAAGCGGGAGAAGCUGAAGCAGGAGGUGGAGUAUCUGCUGGAACAUGACCUAGUGGAGAGGAGCAGUAGUGCAUGGGCGUCACCCUGUGUGCUGGUGCCUAAACCCGACGGAAGUGUCCGCAUGUGUACUGACUACAAGAAGGUCAACCUGGUGACACGUACUGAUGCAUAUCCAUUGUCGCGCAUCGACGACAUCAUUGAUAGUGUGGGUCAAGCAUCAUUUGUCACCAAGCUGGAUCUUCUCAAAGGCUACUACCAAAUCAAACUCUCGGAAGAAGCAAAGCAGAUUUCAGCUUUUGUCACUGCGGAGGGGCUUUGGCAAUACAAAGUUAUGCCCUUCGGCCUCAAAGGAGCACCAGCAACAUUUCAGCGAGCGAUGCAUAUACCCUGUUGUGACAUCAGGCCUGCCUGGAGUGUACGCCUAUCUAGAUGAUCUGGUCGUCAUCAGUGACACAUGGGUACAACACUUUGGCCGACUCCGUGAACUCUUCAAUCGUCUAGCAGAGUUCAACUUCACCGUACACCUACCCAAGAGUGAAUUCGGACAUGCCACCUUAAUCUUCCUUGGUCAUGUCAUUGGACAAGGGAAAAUUGCUCCAAUUGAUGCCAAAGUUGCCGAUAUUCUCAAUCUACCCACACCUCGCAAUCGAAAGGCUCUCAGAAGAUUUCUCGGGAUGGCUGGAUUCUACAGGCGGUUUUGUCAAAAUUUUGCCAGGGUGGUCAAUCCCCUGACAGAUUUGGUCAGCCCAAAAAGAAAGUUUGUGUGGACUGAUGAAUGCCAGAGAGCAUUCGAAAAGGUUCUUGGGCUGUUGGCGACGGCACCUGUACUGCAACUCCCAGACUUUAAGAAACAGUUUGCGAUACAAUCGGAUGCGUGUGACACAGGAAUUGUGCUGUGUUAAUGCAAAAAGGAAAAGAUGGAAUAUUGCACCCGAACUGUUAUUUCUCGGCCAAACUGAAAAAGCAUCAACGUGGAUAUGCCACAAUAGAAAAAGAAGCAUUGGCCCUUUUGUUAGCUCUGGAAAAGUUUGAGGUGUAUGUAAUUGGAUCACCUUACCCAGUGAUAGUUUAUACAGAUCAUAAUCCACUUCAGUUUGUUCAUAAUAUGAGAAAUAAGAAUCAAAGACUGUUAUGGUGGUCAUUAGCUCUUCAACCCUAUAUUAUAGAAAUCAAACAUAAAGGGCUGUGAUAAUAUAAUUGCCGACACUCUAUCUCGUGUUGAGUAAAAAAGUUUAGUCAGAGCUUAAACUUUUAAAUUAAAGGGGGAGAUGUUACGAGUGAGAGUUCCAUGGUUGGUUGUGGAUUCGCAACGUGAAUGUCUUUUGUUUGUGACGUCAUUUCUGCCCGCUUCCAUUCCCUUUGUUUACCGCCAGUAUGGGGCCGGCAGUGAUAAGUUAAGUACAGAGUAUCUCCUUUCUUACUGUACAAUAUGUUUCUAGUGGUAUAACGUGUAAACCUUGCUCGACUUUUAUAACACCAAGUAAAGUAUUAUUUGUGAAAGAUUAUUGUU